UUUCGGACGCCUAUGACACCCCAAGAGCACGUAAUCUUACAAACCACUGCUGUGGCCACGGGAACCAUGCCACUUGCUGCAGGGUUCGUCGGCAUAAUCCCGGCAUUGUCGCUCCUCACUCGGUCUCAAGAUGGUGUCGACCCCAUAAAUUUAGGAUGGAUGGCCAGCGUUUUCUGGUCUUUCGCUGUCGCUUUCUUUGGGGUCUUUCUGGCAGCUCCGUUGCGAAAACAGGUGAUAAUCAAGGAGAAGCUUGUCUUUCCAAGUGGAACCGCUACUGCUCGAUUGAUCUCUGUGCUGCACGGGAUCCCUCAUGUAAAAAUAUCAGAGCCUGCAUAUGCCCAAUCCGCGAGCGUUCGUAGAAGGGGCUACGAGCCUAUCGCGGCAGAAGCCUAUGAGGAUAGUGAAGUGGACCAGACUGUCGCUGGUAGUUCAACCGAACUUUCGCCUUCAUCCCGAGAAGCCAUCGUCAAAUCUGGAUGGAAGGCUCUUGGGUGGAGUUUCCUGUCCUCUGGUUCAUUGACGCUCUUUGCAUACUUCUUUCCAUUUGUACUCUCCAUACCAAUUUUCGGUACCCACCUAGCGACGAAAUGGCUCUGGGUAUUUUCCCCGAGUUUAUCGUAUGUUGGCCAAGGGAUUAUCAUGGGGUUCCCCACGACCCUAAGCAUGAACCUUGGUAUGCUGGUAGGCUGGGGUAUCCUAUCUCCGCUGGCAAAAUUAAAUGGGUGGGCUCCUGGACCUGUUUCUUCGAUGACCGACGGCUCGCGUGGCUGGAUCUUAUGGGUUGCCCUGGCUAUCAUGACUGCAGAUAGUCUUGUAUCAUUAUUCCCUAUGAUGCGUGGAGCCUUUACACUCUUGUUUAAAUACCCUUCUGGCUGGUAUUCACUCCUGAGACCGAAAUCGGGAGCCAUCUCCGAGCCGACGUCCCACCCCUUCGCAAACGAUGUGCCAGAUGACCAGGACGAUGUAGAAACGUCUGAUCGGUUAGUUCCUUCAGUUGUUGUCGUUUGGGGUGUGGUAGGCAGCAUUGCCCUUGGGACUAUCAUCGUGUGGAUAGUGUUCGGAUAUAAGGGCAUCCAACCAUGGGCCACGCUUAUUAGUUUCUUGCUUGGUGGUCUCUUCUCUUUACUUGGAGUGCGUGCCCUCGGCGAGACGGACCUUAACCCUGUGUCCGGCCUUGGUAAAAUGAGUCAGUUGGUGUUCGCGGUGCUUCAGCCAGGGAACGUUAUCGCCAACAUUAUUGCUGGGGGUGUCGCCGAAGCUGGGGCUCAACAAGCAGGAGAUCUCAUGCAAGAUAUCAAGGCAGGACAUCUCCUCGGGGCAUCGCCCCGAGCCCAAUUUUACGGACAGAUAUUUGGCUCAACGCUAAGCAUUUUCGUGACUGCCACUGCUUACUCUCUCUAUACACGCGCAUACCCGAUACCAGGUCCCAAUUUCCCCACACCAACGGCAUUCGUAUGGCUAAAUCUGGCGCGUUUGCUACGCGACGGUAGCUUACCGCCUAAAAGUGGCACAUUCAUGCUUUUCGGUGCUGCAUUUGCAGUUUGCGUCUCGCUCCUUAAAUUACGGGCUCAUUCUGGCCCUUCGGACUCCAAGCUAACCCGAUACAGGAAGUGGAUACCAUCAGGUAUCGCUUUCGCCAUUGGAUUUCUCAAUACUCCGAGUUUUUCCCUUGCGCGCCUGAUAGGUGGCAUCAUCGAGUACACUUAUCAUCAACACCUCUCGCGCAUGGGGCGCUCACAAAGCGAUUCGAUUAAAAUUAUCAUCGUCGCCAGCGGGCUUGUCCUGGGAGAAGGCGUAGUCAGUGUUGUGGGUCUAAUUCUAAGGAUGGUUGGUGUAGGUGCUGUAAGCUGCUGGGGAUGUCUGCCUUCGGUUUGCUCGUGUCCUUGACCGGUUGGGCUGUGCCACUCGGCUACUGAUCAUUAGACCGAAGAACGGAGGAUAGUGUGCAUAUACAUGCUUCCUGGCGGAACCCCUACCGGAAAAAUUAAUCAUCUUAACAACCCACUUUUUACUAUCGAAUUUGCGAAUCAUGUAUCGGC